AUUUGGUUUCACAUGCUACAAAUAUCCUUGGGGGGCCAGCUGAAGUGUAACUUUACACACAGAAGUCUAGAGACAAGAACUUCACUGCAGACAUGAGUCAAGUCUUGGACAUUGAGCGCUGUGAUCUGAGCAUUAAAAGUAACAACAGCAGUCAUCAUACAGAGCUGUAUGGAGAGGAGCGUUUGAUUGUGAGGAGGGGACAGACCUUUAUCAUCAUUUUGCAUCUGAAACCUGGCAGCAAAGAGUUCAAACUGGGUGAAACAAGUUUCACACUCAUCGUUGAAACUGGUCCGUUACCCAGGAAAGAAUCAGACACUAAGGUCUCCUUUGGUCUAGGCGACUCCACAGUGGACACUGAAUGGAGCGCAUCUGCUCUUCAUGAUCCCAUUGGAAACACAUUGUCUGUGUCUAUCAGUUCCUCCCCCAGUAGUCCCAUGGGACUUUAUUCUCUGACUCUGGACCAGGAAGGGCAGAAGACCAGUUUAGGACAGUUCACCUUGCUUUUUAAUGCUUGGUGCCCCAGUGAUGCUGUUUACAUGCGCAGUGAGACAAAGAGGCAGGAGUAUGUUUUAUCACAACAUGGGCAAAUCUAUAGGGGAACAUAUAAACGCAUCAAAGGGACACCCUGGAACUUCGGACAGUUUGAAGCAGGUAUACUGGAUAUCUGUCUGAAGAUCCUGGAUGAAAACCCUAAAUUUGUGUCUGAUGCUGACAAGGACUGCUCUGCCAGGAGAAAUCCCAUCUAUGUGACCAGGGUGCUGAGCGCCAUGAUCAACAGUAAUGAUGACAGGGGUGUGCUGGUGGGAGAGUGGGGAGAGUUUUCAGGUGGGGUUCAUCCAGGACAGUGGAUCGGCAGCGGGGACAUUCUGCGACAGUGGGCAGAGAGUGGCCCGGUCCGCUAUGGCCAGUGUUGGGUCUUUGCUGCAGUUGCAUGCACAGUGUCCCGAGCCCUGGGUAUUCCAUGUCGAGUAGUUACCAACUUUGGAUCAGCUCAUGAUACUGACGCUAACCUGGUAAUAGAAAACGUGUACGAUGAAGAUGGUGAGAGCAUUUCUGAUGAUUCAAUAUGGAAUUUCCAUGUUUGGGUGGAUAGCUGGAUGACUCGUCCAGAUUUAGGGUCUGAGUAUGAUGGGUGGCAAACCAGUGACCCAACCCCACAGGAGACAAGUGAUGGUGUUUUCUGUUGUGGACCAGCCUCACUGAGGGCCAUCAAGGAAGGAGAGCUGACCAAGAAGUAUGACACUCCCUUUAUUUUUGCUGAGGUUAAUGCAGAUGUUGUGAACAUGGUGCGCAUGUCAGAUGGACAGUUUGUCAAGAUCAGUGGGUCAACAAAGACUGUGGGACGCUUCAUCAGCACCAAAGCUGUGGGCUCAGAUGACAGACACGACAUCACGCACCAGUACAAGUAUCCAGAAGGUUCAAAGGAAGAAAGGCAGGUGUAUGAGAAGGCCCAGCACCACAACAAGCUACAGCAGCGAGGAGAAGAGCCGGGGCUCCGUCUCAAGAUCAAGCUUUCUGACAACAUGAUCGUGGGCUCAGACUUUGAGGUGUACGCCGUCCUCACUAACAACCACAUGGAGGCAAGAACGUGCACCUUCCUGUUUUUCGCCAAAGCCGUCGGCUACAACGGAAAACUGGGAGACAGCUGUGGAUUUGCUUCUGACAAAGUGGAGGUGCCCUCUGGAGAAGAGAAGCGCCUGUCCCUCAGACUGGAGUAUGACAGUUAUGGAUCAGUGAUCACCUCGGACAGGCUGAUCCAGCUGUCAGCCCUCACCAUUGACAAGCAGACCAUUGACUACCAUAAGGCUGAGAAGACCAUUGUACUAGAUGAGCCAGAUAUAGAGAUUAAGCUGAUGGGAGAAGCCACAGUGAACCAGCCUGUGAGGGCAGAGCUGACCUUGUUGAACCCUCUACCAGAGCCACUGCAGAACUGCAGCUUCACCAUAGAGGGCGUCGGCCUCACCAACGGCAAACCCAUAACAGCCAAGAUUGGAGCUGUGGGUCCUAAACAGGAAGCCAAAGCCAGUGUUGAGUUCAGUCCCACCAGCGCUGGCCCCAGCGUGCUGCUGGUGAACUUUGAUAGCCACAAACUGAGGAACAUCAAGAGCUUCAUCAAUGUUGUUGUGAAGGACUGAGACAGUACAGAGUCUAACAAUACUAACAGCUUUUUUAUUUUGUUGUUUAAUUGGACCUCUGUGUCUGAGGAUUACAGGGCUGCCCUUAGCAUUGGGGCCUGCAGCUUUAUCAUCCACUUCUUAUACCAGAGUAUCCUCUGAUAUCAUGCCUAAAGAGUUUUUUUUUCUGCAUGAUAUUCAGAAACACACUCAUCCACAUCCACUAACCUUUACUAACACUGGGUCUGUAGUUGACUACAGUAGAAUCAAUAGCUCACACAUUUAUUUUACUUGAAUGGUUAAAGAGGUUGAAUUCAUUUUGAUUUGGGUACAUUUAAAUUUCACAAUAAGAGCAUUUUUUCAUUGUUUUUUAAGGGACAAAUCCACUUUGCUUGUAAAA